AUGACACCGCUUGUGUCAUCAUCUUUUGUGGCUGGCAAGUCGAUUGAGCUCUUUCAGACAAAUAUUUUCCCCCGGUUUCGCCCAAACUUGACAUCUCUGCUCAAAACCCUCGCUUAUCACGCCCCUGGUGGUGUCGCCCAAAAACAUCGCCUUCGUGAACAAAAGCUUCGCCAUACAGUCACCAUUAGAGCUAGCUGGGAAAGAAACGACGGGUUCGCGGCUUACAGAGACCUCCGAAACUAUCUUUCUCAUCCUUCCUCUCCGCACCUACCAGAACCUUUGAGGAAGGAUAUGUAUGCGGAAUUUUCAAUGUUUUCUAAGGCUGAGAAGGAGAGUUUGUAUCACUUGCUCGUUCAGGUUUCCAAAGCUUUGCAUCAAAAUAUAGCGGUAUGA